AUUCAUACCCCAGCAGCUUCACACUAGACACUAUGAGCGCAGGAGGAAUUGCACUCUGCUCAGGCGGUCUGCUGCAUGCUUUCGCAGCUAAUGGAACAGCAGGCAGUCAGCUGUCCACGCCACGCUCAGGAAAAUCUCCCAGUCCAUCUCCAACCAGUCCAGCCAGUCUGAGAAGAAGAAGGGGCUCUCAGCACAGUGGCUCAUCUUUGUCUCUGGCCUCCACCAAAGUGUGCAGCUCCAUGGAUGAGGGCGACGGGCCAGGCAGUGAAGCUGAGCUGACGGAGGAUUGUCCUCAGGUUCCUGCUUCCAUUGCUGAGAGGUACAAGGUGGGACGGAUGAUCGGUGACGGGAACUUUGCCGUGGUACGCGAGUGUGUGGAGAGAUCCAGCGGCCGAGAGUAUGCUCUAAAGAUCAUCAACAAAAGCAAAUGCAGAGGGAAGGAACACAUGAUCCAGAAUGAGGUGUCGAUUCUUCGGAAAGUGAAGCAUCCUAAUAUUGUUCUGCUGAUUGAAGAAAUGGACACAUACAGUGAGCUCUACAUGGUCAUGGAGUUGGUCAAGGUGAAACAGUUGACCUUUAUACAGACAAUCAUGACUGUAGUUACUUUGACCCUAUAAUUCAAUUUAUGAAAACCCCAAAAAUAUUCCUGUAUGGGUUUUGUAAGGGUUAGGUUAUGGCAAGGUUGAUUAUUUCAAGCAUGAUAUGAUUUACAGUAAUUGAGCACAGUGCCAUUUUCCAUUAUUCAGUGCAUUAGUGUGAUAUGAGCAGAAGACCAGGCUUAAACCAGCCAAAGUACAACGACAAAUAUGUUUAACUAUUGUUUCGAUUUUCAUCCAUGUUUAAGACUGAAUUAAGGACUGCAAAAGAAUGAAGCUUUGUAAAUGGCAUUAAAAUAGACUUAUACUUUAAAUUGUCAUGAGAUCUUAUAAUAUUGGUACUGGGUUUUUCAAGACUUGCUCAUUGAAAAUAUGUGCUUCAGUCCUUAUUAUUGUGAAUCUGCAAAAAUAUUUUUCAACAUAUGUUUAACUGCCGAUCGGAAAUACACACAGUUGAAGUCUAAAAGAUUAGGUCCCCGUUUAUUUUUUCCCCAAUUUCAGUUUAACGGAGAGAAGAUUUUGUUUCAACACAUUUCUAAACAAAAUAGUUUUAAUAAUUUAUUUCUAAUAACUGAUUUAUUUUAUCUUUGCCAUUAGGACAGUAAAUAAUAUUUAAUAAGACACUUCUAAACAGCUUAAAGUGACAUUCAGAGACUUCACUAGGGUAAUUAGGCAAGUUAUGGUAAUUAGGCAAGUCAUUGUAUAAAGAUGGUUUGUUCUGUAGAUUAUUGAAAAAAAAUAGCUCAAAGGGGCUAAUAAUUUUGUUGUUAAAAUGUUUUUUAAAAAAAAUUAAAACUACUUUUAUUCUAGCCGAAAUAACACAAAUAAGACUUUCUCCAGAAGAAAAAAAAACAUUAUCAGACAUACUGUGAAAAUUCCCUUGCUCUGUUAAACACUGUUUAGAAAAUAUUUAAAAAA